AUGUCCAGACGAUCAACAACUGAAAAUGUCUCAUCACCUAGAAAGAACGGAGCCUUGAGUUCACCAAACAAGACGCCCAACAAAAGAACUAGAAUGUCUACAACAUCAGAUGCAGAUAAUUUCGACACCUCCGACUCAGGGUGGUCUACCAAAACUCUCCAAAACACCAUACCGGACUUGCGAGAAUCAGAAAUUGAAGCUUUCAGAGCCAGUACAUCGCCUGCAUUGAAUUUCAUAACCUCUACAGCCAGAAAAAGCAAACGAUCCAAAUCUCUAUCGGCAACGACGUCGGUUGCGGACCACAAUUACUGCAAACGUGGCAGCAAAUCAUUAUCGGAUACUAAUCCAGAAGAUUUUGCAGAUAACGAAAGCGGCAUUGACGAUUUAGAAGAAGAGUUUCCAACAAAAAGACUGCCAGCUCCACGAUCCAAAUCCAUGGGUUCUAAACUUCAAACGCCUAUUAAGAAUAAGUUUCUAUCUAGAUCCAAUAGGAUUAUGUUACUGCAGAAGGAUUUAGACCUUCAUUCGCCGAUUAAGUCAGAGAAGCUGACCAAAUCUUUAGUUUCUACGCUACGCACUCCCGAUCAAAGUAGAAAAUCGGGUUCAAAACUUGGCGUUAGAUGGUCUAAAUCUUUGGUUUCGAUUCACACUCCAGAAUCAACCAAAAUGUCGGCUACAUCCCGAAAAUAUUCAGUUCAAAAUGAUGAAGUAUCAACUAGUGAAACAUUUGAUGGAAUGUCAAAUUCUAAAAUCGGCACACCUAUAUUAUCGCUAUCUACAACUCUUAAUUUGAGUAGAAUGUCUUCAAAAUCACGCAGAUCUACAAUGGCAGAUGCGUCACAAAAUGAAAGUGUCUUUGAAGAUGUAUCGCCUAUUGGAUCAGGCGGUAGAAUGUCGUACAGAUCGCGCACAUUCACAAUUGAAGAUGACGAAUCGCCAACGAAAACAGGAGAUAAAGCUUCGAUUUCUACAACUCUUAAUAACAGUAGAAUGUCUUCAAAAUCACGCAGAUCUACAGCAGCAGAUGAUUCACAAAAUGAGAGUGUUCAAUAUGUAUCUCCUAAUAAAUCAGGCGAUAGAAUGUCGUCUAGAUCGCGCAAAUCCACAAUUGAAGUUGAUGGUAACCUUGAAUCGCCUACGAAAACAGGAGAUAUAUUGUCGAUGUCUUACAGCAGAAUGUCUUCUAAUUCACACAAAUCUACAAUAACAGAUGAUUCACAAAAUGAAAGUGACUUUGAAUAUGUGUCUCCUAAUAAAUCUGGCCAUAGAAUGUCAAGAUCGCGCAAAUCCACAAUUGAAGAUGAUGGUAACCUUGAAUCGCCUACAAAAACGGGAGAUAGAUUGUCGAUGUCUACAGCUCUUAAUAACAAUAGAAUGUCUUCUAAAUCACGCAUAUUUACAGUAACAGAUGAAUCACAAAAUGAGAGUGACUUUGAAGAUGUUGUAUCCCCUAGUAGAUCAGGAGAUAGAAAGUCUAAAUCUUUGGUGACGACAAAAGAAACUCCAAAUCAAUCUAGAAUGUCAUCAAGAUCGCGCAAAUCCACAAUUGAAGAUAAUGGUAAUCAUGAAUCGCCUAAUAAAACAGGAGAUAGGCUGUCGAUUUUUACAAAUCUUAAUAACAGUAGAAUGUCUUCAAAAUCGCGAAGAUCUACAACAGCAAAUGAGUCACAAAAUGAAAGUGAAUUUGAAGAUGUAUCCCCUACUAGAUCAGGCGAUAGAAUGUCUAAAUCUUUGGUGACGGAAAAAGAAACUUCAAAUCAAUCUAGAAUGUCUUCAAUAUCACGCAAAUCCACAAAUGAAGAUGAUGGUAAUCAUGAAUCGCCUACUAAAGCAGGUGAUAAACCUUUGAUGUCUACAACUCUUAAUAAUAGUAGAAUGUCUUCAAAAUCACGCAGAUCUACACCAGCAGAUGAGUCACAAAAUGACAGUGUCUUUGAAUAUGCAUCUCCUAAUAAAUCAGGCGAUAGAAUGUCGUCAAGAUCACGAAAAUCCACAAUUGAAGUUGAUGGUAACCUUGAAUCGCCUAAAAAAACAGGAGAUAGAUUGUCGAUGUCUACAGCUCUUAAUAACAGUAGAAUGUCAUCUAAAUCUCGCAAAUCUGCAGUAGCAGAUAAAUCACAAAAUGAAAGUGACUUUGAAGAUGUAUCCCCUAGUAGAUCAGGAGAUAGAAAGUCUAAAUCUUUGAUGACGGCAAAACAAACUCCAAAUCAAUCUAGAAUGUCAUCAAGAUCGCGCAAAUCCACAAUUGAAGAUAAUGGUAAUCACGAAUCGCCUACUAAAACAGGAGAUAGGCUGUCGAUUUUUACAAAUCUUAAUAACAGUAGAAUGUCUUCAAAAUCGCGAAGAUCUACAGCAGCAACUGAGUCACAAAAUGAAAGUGAAUUUGAAGAUGUAUCCCCUAGUAAAACAGGUGAUAGAAAGUCUAAAUCUUUGGUGAUGGCAAAAGAAACUCCAAAUCAAUCUAGAAUGUCAUCAGGAUCGGGCAAAUCCACAAAUGAAGAUGAUAGUAAUCAUGAAUCGCCUACUAAAACAGGAGAUAGACCUUCGAUGUCUACAACGCUUAAUGACAGUAGAACGUCUUCAAAAUCACGCAGAUCUACAGCAGCAGAUGAGUCACAAAAUGACAGUGUCUUUGAAUAUGCAUCCCCUAAUAAAUCAGGUGACAGGAUGUCAAGAUGGCGAAAAUCCACAAUUAAAGAUGAUGGAAAUCUUGAAUCGCCUACGAAAACAGGAGAUAGAUUAUCGAUGUCUACAGUUCUUAAUUACAGUAGAAUGUCUUCUAAAUCACGCAAAUCUACAAUAGCAGAUGAAUCACAAAAUGAAAGUGAAUUUGAAGAUGUAUCCCCUAGUACAACAGGUGAUAGAAAGUCUAAAUUUUUGGUGAUGGCAAAAGAAACUCCAAAUCAAUCUAGACUGUCAAGAUCGCGCAAAUCCACAAAUGAAGAUGAUAGUAAUCAUGAAUCGCCUACUAAAACAGGAGAUAAACCUUCGAUGUCUACAACUCUUAAUAACAGUAGAAUGUCUUCAAAAUCACGCAGAUCUACAGCAGCAGAUGAGUCACAAAAUGACAGUGUCUUUGAAUAUGCAUCCCCUAAUAAAUCAGGCGAUAGGAUGUCAAGAUGGCGAAAAUCCACAAUUAAAGAUGAUGAUAACCUUGAAUCGCCUACGAAAACAGGAGAUAGAUUGUCAAUGUCUACAGCUCUCAAUUACAGUAGAAUGUCUUCUAAAUCACGCAAAUCUACAGUAGCAGAUGAAUCACAAAAUGAAAGUGAUUUUGAAGAUGUAUCCCCUAAUAGAUCAGACUAUAGAAUGUCUAAAUCUUUGGGGACAGGAAAAGAAAUUCCAAAUCAAUCUAGAAUGUCGUCAAGAUCGCGCAAAUCCACAAUUGAAGUUGAUGGUAAUCUUAAAUCGCCUACGAAAACAGGAGAUAGACCUUCGAUGUCUACAACUCUUAAUAACACUAGAAUGUCUUCAAAAUCGCGAAGAUCUACAGCAGCAGAUGAGUCACAAAACGAAAAUGAAUUUGAAGAUGUAUCCCCUAAUAAAUCAGGCGAUAGGAUGUCAAGAUGGCGAAAAUCCACAAUUAAAGAUGAUGAUAAUCUUGAAUCGCCUACGAAAACAGGAGAUAGAUUGUCAAUGUCUACAGCUCUCAAUUACAGUAGAAUGUCUUCUAAAUCACGCAAAUCUACAGUAGCAGAUGAAUCACAAAAUGAAAGUAAUUUUGAAGAUGUAUCCCCUAGUAGAUCAGGCGAUAGAAUGUCUAAAUCUUUGGUGACAGCAAAAGAAACUUCAAAUCAAUCUAAAAUGUCAUCAAGAUCGCGAAGAUCUACUACAGCAGCAGAUGAGUCACAAAAUGAAAGUGAAUUUGAAGAUGUAUCCCCUAGUAAAACAAGUGAAAGAAAGUCUAAAUCUUUGGUGAGAGGAAAAGCAACUCCAAAUCAAUCUAGAAUGUCAUCAAAAUCGCGCAAAUCGUCAAUUGAAGAUGAUGGCAACAUUGAAUCGCCUACGAAAGCAGGAGAUAGGCUGUCGCGUUUUACAACUCUUAAUUUGAAUGGAACAACUUCAAAAACACACAGAGCUACAGUAGCUGAUGAAUCACAAGAUGAAAGUAUCUUUGAAGAUGUAUCGCCUAGUAGAACAUUUGAUAAAAUGUCAAAAUCUAAAAUUGACACUCUUAAUCAGUCUAGAAUGUCAUCAAGAUCCCGCAAAUCCACAAUUGAAGAUGGUGACAACCUUGAAUCUCCCACUAAAACAGGAGAUAGACUGUCUAUGUCUACAACUCUUAAUCAGACUAGAACUUCUUCAAAAUCACGUAGAUCUACAGUAGCAGAUGAGUCGCAAAAUGAAAGUAACAUUGACGUUGAAUCUCCUAGUAAAACAUUUGAUAGAAUGUCUAAAUCUUUGGUAACUGGAAAAGAGACUCCAAAUCAGUCUAGAAUGUCGUCAAGAUCACGCAAAUCCACAAUUGAAGUUGAUGACCUUGAAUUACCUAUGUCUACAACUAAUAAUCAGAGUAGAAAGUCUUCAAAAUCGCGCAGAUCUACAGCAGCAGACAACGAUUUAAAUAUGUCGAUUAUAUCAAUUGAAGAUAGAUUGUCCACAUCUUUGACAUCUGCAGCAGGAACCCCUAAUCAAUCUAGAAUAUCAUCUAGAUCACGCAAAUCUACACUACAAGAUGAUACCUUGUCAAAAUCUUUUGUGUUUACUUCUGCAACUCCCAAUCACAAUAGGAUGUCUUCCAAGUCACUUGGGGACGAUAGUAUUUUGACACCACCUACAAAAAUUGGAGGUAGAGUAUCUAAAUCGUUGUCCAAAACAGCAACUCUUAAUCAAAGUAGAAUAUAUUCUAAAUCAUCUUUGACACCUGCAGUAGAAACUCCUAAUCAGUCUAGAAUAUCUAGAUCAAAAAAAUCUGCAAUACAAGAUGAAAGUGUCACAAAUUUGGAAGAACCAUCACCUAAGAAACAAGUAUCUGUGACAUCUGUGAUACUGACUCCUAAUCAGUCUAAGAUAUCUUCAAGAUCUCGCACAUCUACAGUGCAAGAUGAGAAUACCGUUAUUGAUUUACUAGAUGGAUCACCCUUAACAUCAGCAAAUGUUACCGUAGAAACUCCUGCUCAGUUUAGAUUAUCAUCAAGAUCUCGAAAAUCAACUGUACAAGAUGAUAGCAACUUAGACGAGUUCGCACACAUUCCAUCGCCUGUUCAACUAAACGUUAGAAUAGCAAAUUCUUUAGUUUCGAAAUUAGAGACGCCAGAACAGAGUAGGAUAUCUUCCAGGUCUCGUAAAUCUACAUUGAAUAACGAUUUCGACCUCCCGUCGCCAAUUCAAGCAGAAAACUUAGCGACGAAGUCUUUCAUUUCAAAACUACGAACUCUAGAGCAUACAAGGAAGUCAUCCAGAUCCAGACGAUCAACUUUAACGGGAGAUUUCGAAUACACUUAUCCUGCGGCGAACAAAUCUUUAGAAGCCGCCUCGAACACCUACAAUCUUGUUGAAACUAUGCCCGCAGAUGCGACAAACAAAGACAGAACUUCCAACGGUUUUUCUGUAAUUAGUUUAAACGAUUCCUCUGAAGAUGUAGAUGAUGCAUUCAACACUACCUCCAAGUCAGAUAGAAGGAGUUCCAAGAACAGUACGUACAAGGUUUCUGGAGACCCCACUAUAAUUACCAUAAACGAUACUGCAGACGACGAAGAUUUGGAAACAACCCGAAGAUCGGAGAGACGAACCAAAUCAACACCUUACAUACCUAUAACCGAGGAUAUCACUCCAGCUAGCACCAGGAAGGUACCGGCGGCCCAAAAAUCGCCCGAAAACGAUCUAACAAACGUACAAGGCGUCAAGAAACUCUUCGCCACUCCCAAGGAGGUCAAAUCGCCCAAGAACGAUCUCACCAAGGUGCCCAAUUUGAGAAGGAUCAUGUCGCCGAGGCAACAGAACAGUCCCAGGAACCGUUUGAGCGAUUUCAAGGGCGUGAGGAAGCUGUUGAAGUCGCCGCGCGCGAUGAAGCAGCCUUUGAACGAUCUACGCGACGUUCGGGGACUGAAGAAGUUGAUGGCUACGCCGAGAGGGGCUCAGAAGGAACCGUUGAACAGGUUGUCCGAUUUCGAAGGAGUCGCGAAUUUGUUCAAAGCGGGCUCGCACAGGCUCAGCAAUACCAGCGAUAUCGAGAACAACGCGGAGUUGUUUAGCAAAAUUUUCGAUCGACAACCUUUGAAGACUUACAGGAGCAAAAGCAUGAGCAUGUCUCCUGAAAAGCAAAUCGACGCCUAUGGGGCUACAAGAAAGAGCAUUCACGAUAAGCCGUUCGUUAGUCCAAGAGUUGGAGAUUGGAUUGAAGAACAAGCAACUUUAAAGCAAAAAGCGACUAAAACAGGCAAAAAUAAGACCGCUACACCCAAAUCUCCACUAGAAGCAGUCACUGUUGAAGAAUCAACGCCUACUACCCGAAAACGUAAGGCAAAAGAAGUGGAGGAAUCUUUGCCCAAAAAGAUUAGAGGUGUCACUGAAAAGAUUGCAGAAUUAGAGAAAGAAGAAACCGAAAAAUCUGCUACCCCAAAAACAGAAGAAAUUUCUUCAAUCGAUAACAAGAAUGAGUCUAAACAAAUAAAAACGAUCAAAAAGAAGGUUACUUAUACAGAAGAAAUUACUUAUUUCCAAAUAAGUCCAGUUGGUAAAUCUAAAAAAGUCAACGAAGAAGUAAUAAGCAAGCAGCCUGCUAGGUCUAAAAGAGCCAAAAAAGAUGAGGCAGAAAUAGACAUAGAAGAAUCGACAGAAAGUCUAAAAAAACCUGCAACCAAAUCAACAAGAGGUAGAAAAACUGUACAGAAAGAAGAAAGCGAGUUACCUCCUAACAAAUCUAAAAAAGGCAUAGAUAUUGAUGAAUCGCCCAUUAAAACUACAGAUAAUCCAAAAAAAUCUACAAGAGUCAUACAGAAAGACAUAGAUAUAGAAGAACCUAUCAAAACCAUAGACAAUCCAAAAAAACCUGUCUCUAAAUCUACAAGAGGCAAAAAAGCUUUACAGAAAGAUGAAGAAAGUGAGUUACCUUCCAGCAGAUUUAUAACAGUAGUAGAUGUAGAAGAGUCCCCUAUUCAAGCUGCAGAAAGUCUGAAAAAAACUGUCACCAAAUCUACAAGAGGCAAAAAAGCUGUACAAAAAGAUGAAGAAACUGAAUUACCUUCCAGUAGAUCUAGAAGAGGCAAAAACGUAGUCAAACUACUAGAAGAUGCUGAAGAUAUCCAAGAGCAAAAGCCUACUCCUACUACUAGAUCCAAAAGAGGUCAAAAACGGGAGCCUUCUGAAGAAGCUGAGCAAAAGAAGCCUCAAAGAGACAAAGAAGAAGAGAAAGAACUCAAAGUAUCUUCAAGUAGAUCUAGAAAAGGCAAAACCGACGAAAAACCCAAGGAAGCAACUGUUGUUGAAGCGCCUAAACCUAAAAGAGGUAGACAAAAAAAAUCCAAAAAAGUUGUAGAAGAAGAUGCUUCCGAAGGAGACGAGGAAAAGAUCGACGAAAUUGUGCCGGUAAAGGCCGCUUCUAGAGCUAGAAGAGGUGCAAAGAAAGAUGCUGCUUCAGCAGACAGUGAUCAUACGGAAGAUAUAAAAGAGGCGAUACCUCAAAGAUCUAGACGUGGCAAAAAGGAAGUUAUCCAAGAUGAAGAAGAGGCUACACCAGUUCUUGCGAAAUCUAGAAGGGGCAAGAAACAGAUCGCUGAUGAAACAGAAGAAACUCCGAAGCCUAUUAAAGGCAAAGGUGGCAAAAAAGAGGACCAAUUAGUGCAAGAAACUCCGACAAAACAAUCUAAAAUAGUUAAAAAGGGAAAAACGCCAGAAAAAAAAGAGGCUGUUGAAGAAGAAGAAGAAGUGCAGAUAGAAGUUCCUUUGAGAUCUAGAAGAGGCAAAGAGACAGUCGAAGAAGACCUGAAAGUAAAAGUUCCUGUGAAAUCUAAAAGGGGUAAGAAGCAGACUGUUGAUGAAGCGGAAGAAACUCCGAAGCCUAUUAAAGGCAAGAGUGGCAAAAAAGAAGACCUUUUAGUGGAACAAACGCCGACCAAACAAUCUAAAAGAGUUAAAAAGGGAAAAACUCCAGAAAUAGAAGAUGCUAUUGAAGAAGUACAGAUAGUUCUUUCGAAAUCUAAAAGGGGCAAGAAAGUCGCCGUUGCGGAGGUAGAAGAACCAGCUGCAGAAGAAAAGCCAACUAGAUCGAAAAGGGGGAAGAAGGAAGAAUCUGAAGAAAUCAAUAGCACUCCUUUAAAAACGAAAAAAGGACAAAAAGAGACUAAGAAAGACAUUUCGGAAAAUGUAGAAGAAACUGUCCCAUCUAGAUCGAAAAGAGGCAGAAAAGAUGUCAUUUCUGAAGAAACGGAAGAAACGGAAAAGCUUUUUAGCAGAGCUAAAAGAGCCAAAAAGGAAGAAGCCGUGCCCGAGAAAAAAGUACCCGUGAAACGAGGUGGAAAGAAGCAAGAAUUGUUGGACAAAAAGAAGAAAAUCGCAGAUAAGUUAGAGGUUGCGGUCGACACGCCUACUAGACCGCGAAGGGGUUGUCGAAAAUAG